AUAGCGUGUGUGUUAUAAAAUUUAAUGACAGAAUCGAAUAUCGAAUCGAAUAGUAAAAUGGAUAAACAUGCAGCAUGUCCGCACGUGAUCAUCCUUCCCUACCCAAGCCAAGGCCACAUCAACCCUCUCCUCCAAUUCGCCAAGCGCCUCGCCGGAAAAGGCCUCCGGCCGACGGUCGCAACAACGCAUUACACCACCAACUUCAUCCGGGCCCCCUCCGUCGCCGUCGAGCCAAUUUCCGACGGAUUCGACGACGGCGGAUUUGCUCAGGCCCGGAACGAGGGCAACUUCCUCAACUCAUUCAAACAUAACGGCUCCAAGUCCCUUUCCGACAUCAUCGGAAAAUACGAAUCCACCGAUCACCCUGUCCGCUGCAUAAUUUACGACGCCUUCUUCCCCUGGGCCCUCGACGUCGCCAGGCGGCACCGCCUGCUUGCCGCCGCGUUUUUCACCAACUCCGCCGCCGUCUGCGCAAUUUUCAGCCACAUACACGGCGGCACGCUGUCGUUGCCGGUGGCCGUCAGCGAUAAGCCUCUCCUGCUCCCUGGAUUGCCGGAAUUGAACUCCGGCGACCUCCCCGGCUUCCUCCGGGCCCCCGAAAGCUACCCGGCGUACCUGGCUAUGAAACUUAACCAAUUUUCUAACCUCGAUCGGGCUGAUUUCGUGUUCGAUAAUUCUUUCCAGGCAUUAGAAGGACAGGAGGCAAAAAGCGUGGCGGAGAAGUGGCCGGCGCGGCUGAUCGGGCCGAUGGUACCGUCGGCGUAUCUCGACGGAAGAAUCGAGGGGGACAAAGGGUACGGCGCGAGCUUAUGGAAGCCGCUAACCGAGCCGUUAACGGCUUGGCUCGGAGCCCGGGAGCCGGCAUCGGUGGCAUACAUUUCAUUCGGCAGCAUGGUGUCGUUAACGGCCGACCAAACGGCCGAGAUAGCGGAGGCGUUAUUAAAAGGUCCCUCGGACUUCCUCUGGAUUGUCCGAGAGACCGAGCUCAAGAAACUUCCGGAAGGUUUCACCGAGGCCGUCGAUGGGAAGGGUAUGAUCGUGCCGUGGUGCAAUCAGCUCGAAAUAUUAGCCCACCCGGCGGUGGGGUGUUUCGUGACGCACUGCGGGUGGAAUUCGACGCUCGAGGGUUUGUCACUCGGCGUUCCAAUGGUGGCGGUGCCGCAAUGGGCCGAUCAAAUGACGGAUGCGAAAUUUAUCGAGGGGAUUUGGGGGGUCGGAGUUCGGGCGAAGGAGGACGAAUUUGGAAUUGUCCGAAGAGAGGAAUUGGUUCGAUGCUUGAAGGAAGUGACGGAGGGAGAGAAGAGUUUGGUUAUUAGGAAGAAUGUAAGAAAAUGGAAGGAUUUGGCCAAGGCAGCCAUGGAUGAAGGGGGAAGCUCAGACAGGGCAAUUGAUGAGUUUGUUAAGGAAUUGAUGAUUGAUAAGGGAACUUGUUAACUAAGGUUCUAUAUGUUCUAUCGUUUUAUAUUUUUAGUAAAUUCAAAAUUGUCUUUACCAAUUUUGUAAAUUUAUUAUUAUUACACACAAUACAUUAUAUGUAUAAUAAAUAUAUGUUGUUUUUUUAAUAAUAACAAUUACA